GGAAGAGCGCGUGGGUCCGGCAGUCCUGAAGUUGAGUUUGCGAGGCGACACGGCGGCUGCGGCCGCGCUGCUCCCGCUCCUCUGCCUCCCCAUGGAUAUGCACUGCAAAGCAGACCCCUUCUCCGCGAUGCACCCAGGGCACGGGGGUGUGAACCAGCUCGGGGGGGUGUUUGUGAACGGCCGGCCCCUACCCGACGUGGUGAGGCAGCGCAUCGUGGAGCUGGCCCACCAGGGUGUGCGGCCCUGUGACAUCUCCCGGCAGCUGCGGGUCAGCCACGGCUGUGUCAGCAAAAUCCUGGGCAGGUACUACGAGACUGGCAGCAUCAAGCCUGGUGUGAUCGGCGGCUCCAAGCCCAAAGUGGCAACGCCCAAAGUAGUGGACAAGAUUGCUGAAUACAAGAGACAGAAUCCAACUAUGUUCGCAUGGGAGAUCCGAGACCGGCUCCUGGCUGAGGGCAUCUGCGACAAUGACACAGUGCCCAGCGUCUCUUCCAUCAACAGAAUCAUCCGGACCAAAGUUCAGCAGCCUUUCCACCCAACGCCAGAUGGGGCUGGGACAGGAGUGACUGCCCCCGGCCACACCAUCGUUCCCAGCACGGCCUCCCCUCCUGUCUCCAGCGCCUCCAAUGACCCGGUGGGGUCCUACUCCAUCAAUGGGAUCCUGGGGAUUCCUCGCUCCAAUGGCGAGAAGAGGAAACGUGAUGAAGUUGAGGUAUACACUGAUCCUGUCCACAUUAGAGGAGGUGGAGGUUUGCAUCUGGUCUGGACUUUAAGAGAUGUGUCUGAGGGCUCAGUCCCCAAUGGAGACUCCCAGAGUGGCGUGGACAGUUUGCGGAAGCACUUGCGAGCUGACACCUUCACCCAGCAGCAGCUGGAAGCUUUGGAUCGGGUCUUUGAGCGUCCUUCCUACCCUGACGUCUUCCAGGCAUCAGAGCACAUCAAAUCAGAACAGGGGAAUGAGUACUCCCUCCCAGCCCUGACCCCUGGGCUUGAUGAAGUCAAGUCGAGUCUAUCUGCGUCCACCAACCCUGAGCUGGGCAGCAACGUGUCAGGCACGCAGACAUACCCCGUUGUGACCGGUCGUGACAUGGCGAGCACCACUCUGCCUGGUUACCCCCCUCACGUGCCCCCCACUGGCCAGGGAAGCUACCCCACCUCCACCCUGGCAGGAAUGGUGCCUGGGAGCGAGUUCUCCGGCAACCCGUACAGCCACCCCCAGUACACGGCCUACAACGAGGCUUGGAGAUUCAGCAACCCCGCCUUACUAAGUUCCCCUUAUUAUUAUAGUGCCGCCCCCCGGGGCUCCGCCCCUGCCGCUGCUGCCGCUGCCUAUGACCGCCACUAGUUACCGCGGGGACCACAUCAAGCUUCAGGCCGACAGCUUCGGCCUCCACAUCGUCCCCGUCUGACCGCCCACCCCGGAGGGAGGACCGACGCGACGCGAUGCCUCCCGGCCACCACCCCAACCCCAUCCCCGUCCCAGGACCCGCGCAACCCUUCACAUCACCCCGUCGAAGGCACGACAGGACAGGUGGAGCCGCGGGCGGGACCCUCAGGCCCGGGCCUGCCGCCCCCAACCUCGCCCGCCGCCCCUCCCCGCCUGCCUGGACUGCGCGGCGCCGCGAGGAGGGCCGGGCCCAGCUCGCCCCGGCCUCCCUCGCGCUGGCCCCGGAGCCGGCCAGCCACCCCGCGGACUUGGGCCAGAUCUUCGGGCGCGCGCGCCGGACACGUUUCUGUGACACACAAUCAGCGCGGACUGCAGCGCGGCCCAGCCCCGGAGCAGCCCGUCCUGGACGCUUGGGCGCCGGGAGGCUUCGCUGGAGGGGCUGGGCAAAGGAAAUUAAGAACAAAAUGACUUUCUGCAGAAGGAGGAAGAGCCCGUUGUCGAACCCUUGGGAAAAAUGCCCUACCCCCUGCGCCAGCCAUUCUGCCCCGCCUUUUGGGUGUGCCCUGCCUCAGAAGGUGGAAUGGGGGCGUGGGGGUCGUGCUCUAGGAACGGGCUUUGAGGGCGUCAGGUCUUUCCAAGGUUGGGACCCAAGGAGAGCAGGCCCCAGCAGCCCGCACCGGCCGAGCCCGACACCUGGCUCUUCCCUGCUCCACCUGGACUGUCUAGUUCCCCAGGGCCCAGGCGCUUCCUAGCACGUGACCCGACUCUCAGCCCUGCCUUGCCCCUACCUCAGCGUCUCCACCUACUGGCCUCCCAGAUUCCCCUCCUGCCCGUCCUUUGCCCGUCCCACGACGCCCUGCAUUCCUCUCCCUAACUCGCCGCCCCAUCGGACGCUCUCCCGGGCCGCCGCAGGACCAGUUUCCGUAGGCCGGGGACACUGGUCUUACCCCAGCUGAUACUUGAUGCCUCCUCCCCCGACACAGACUCUCGAUCUGCCAGUGGUGGGAGCCGCUUCUGAGCUGGCAUCGGAGCUGCCGCAGGGUGGAAGUGGGAGGCUGCCCACUCCCCACCGCCACCUCCCAGCCUCCUCCUCCGGCAGGAACUGAACAGAACCACAAAAGUCUACGUUUAUUUAAUAUGAUGGUCUUUGCUAAAAGGAACGAAACACAAAAACCCCACAGGCUGCUGCUUUGUAGAAAGACGGUGUGUGUCGUGUGAAGGCGAACCCCUGUGUAUAUAACCCCUCCCCUCCGUCGGUCCCGCCCCGCCCCGUAGAGUCCCGGUCGCCCGCCCGCCCUGCCUGUAGAUACGCCCUGCUGUCUGUGCUGUGAGAGUCGCCGCUCGCUGGGGGGGGAGGGGGGACACAGCUACACUCCCACUAAAGCACAGCACGUCCUGGGGGAGGGGGGCAUUUUUUAUGUUACAAAAAAUUACGAAAGAAAAGAAAUCUCUAUGCAAAAUGACGAACAUGGUCCUGUGGACUCCUCCCGCCUGUUUUGUUGGCUAUUUCUCUGUAAUUCCUUGUUUUCGCUCUUUCCUCCCGGCAUCUCUCCCCUCUUCAUUUCUGUCCUGUCUGCUGCUCUCGCCCUCUGUCUCUGUCUCUCUCCUUUGUCUCUCUCGUCUGUCUCUGCUCCUCCCUCGGCCUCUCUCCCCAGCCCUGCCCCGGCCGCCCUGUCCUCGCAGGCUAGAUCAGAGGCGGCAGCUCCAGCCCCCGGGCUCGCCCCCUCGCGGCCACCCGCCCCGCCCCGUAGUUGCUCUCUCGGUAGCGGCGAUGCGCCCUGCAUGUCUCCUCACCCGUGGAUCGUGACGACUCGAAAUAACAGAAACAAAGUCAAUAAAAGUGAAAAUAAAUAAAUAAAAAUCCUUGAACAAACCCGAAAAGGCUUAGAGUCCUCGCCCAGAUCUCUCGCCCCUUUGAGCCUUUUUAUUUGAAAAGGAAAACGAGAAAAGAGAAUAGUUUAAGGGAACUGCCGGCGCCCAGCCUGGCUCCAGUGGCCCGAGCGGGGCGGCCAGGGCGCCGAGGGCCGAACUCCGAGGCCCGGUGCGUCCCAGUCCUGUGGGGCCGCCGGGCAGAGGCCCCGGACCCAGGGCCAGGCCUAACCUCCGAAAGGUCCCCCGACGGUUCUGGUCUCCUCGGCCACUUUCAGCGCGUCGGUUCGUUUUGAUUCUUUUUCUUUUCUUUUCUUUCUUUUUUUGUGCACAUAAUAAAUAAAUAAUAAUAAUAAAUAAUAAUAAUAAUAAAUAAAAUUUUGUAUGUCA